AAAGAAAACGGAAGUGCGUAAUUUCAACGCAUCAAGAAGUUUAGUUGACGGUUUGGAGCUUUUGUGUUGUAUCUGCGUUUGUGUGGAUAAUGACGUGUGUUUAAUCUCGACACGGUUGAAUUGUAUUGUAUGUGAGAAUGACCAAAGAGAAGCGACACAGAAGAAGGGAAUCUCCUGUGCGGGAGCCGGAAGUGAAGAUAAAACAGGAGAAAGUGAGCCCGACUAGGCCGCAAAGAUCACGCCGCUCGAGGUCGAGAUCCGCGGACAACUCUAGCCCACCGAGGAGAAGAGCGAGCAGGUCACCAGUCAGGUCAAGGGACCGCUCGCCAGGCAGAAGAGAGGCCUCUCCUGUUCGUCGAAGCAGCCGAUCGCCUAGAAACAGAAGAAGCCACAGUCCUCAUCGUGGCAGUGAAGGCAGAAUAAAGAGGGAACGGGAUGAGCACAGACCUAGCCACGAAGAGCGGAGAAGGAGGAACGAGCAGCCGGAGGAGCGACGGAGCAGGUGGGAAUCAGACAGGCCACAGGACAGAGAUCGAAAUCAAGAACGGCAUCGCGACCGAAACCUUGCUUCUGAACAAGCUGAGCGUCGACAACACGACGAGCGGCGCAGGGAAAAUCGUCAGCGGCGAGAGGAAAAUGAAGAACCUAAUUUUGGACGGUCUGAAGGAGAGCGCAGUGACUCAAGAGAGCCUCCUGCUGACAAAGAGAAGCCUAACUUUGAACUAUCAGGGGCACUCACAGAAGAUACUAACACCUUCCGGGGAGUGGUGAUCAAGUACAACGAGCCGCCAGAGGCUCGCAUCCCAAAGCGCAGGUGGAGACUGUAUCCCUUUAAAAAUGAUGAACCCCUUCCUGUCAUGUACGUUCACAGACAGAGUGCCUAUUUGAUGGGGAGACAGAGGAAAAUCGCUGAUAUCCCUAUUGACCACCCAUCCUGUUCCAAGCAACAUGCAGUAUUCCAGUACAGACUGGUGGAGUAUACAAAACCAGACGGCACCACUGGCCGCAGGGUCCGGCCCUACAUCAUUGACCUUGGUUCUGGAAAUGGUACCUACCUGAACAACCAGAGAAUCGAGGCCCAGCGCUACUAUGAGCUCAAAGAAAAAGAUGUUCUCAAGUUUGGCUUCAGCAGCCGUGAGUACGUCCUGCUGCACGAGUUCUCAGACACGAGCGAGGUGGACGCAAAGCAGGAAGAGGAGGAGGAGGA